AUGGGUUCAACACAAGAGAAUACGGUCUUUUUGACCGAAAAAGAGGCCGAACGGAUCCGAAAUACAGUCAAGGAGACUGUGAAGAGAUGUUCCGAACUCCAUGGCAAAGCACGAGAUCCGCGAGAUGCAAAAUCAGCCUAUAGCCAGGCAACUGGCGCAUCGCUCAUGGCAGAUAUGGAAUCUAUGCAGUCGAAUGGUCGAGGCGAGACAUUGCCAGCUCUCGCUGUGGGACAGACGUAUCCGCCUUGCACAGUCGCGAGCGAAGAACUAGAACCUAUGAAAGUCAGCGAGCUAAAAAUGAAUACGCAUCAUCGCGGCCGCCGACUUCAUAUCAAACGUGCCAGCCCAGUUGUUGUGCUUACGGCGCGUUCGUGGACCAUGGUGGAGGAUGCGGAAGGCGGCGACACAGAGCGACUAGAGAUGAGUCUGCACAAGUCACGGCACGGAGAAGACAUCCUGGAAUACGCAAAAAACUUUAUCAUCAAAGAGCCAUAUUUCACUUUAACGGAAGAGGGCGAGGCUACGCUCCGUAUAGAUCAUCCUUCCGACCUGGUCUCCCUCAGCGACGCGCUUACUGGGAAAACUUUUCCAAGCACUAAAGCGGCAGAGAAGUUCGCCACGACUUGUAAGAGCGGAGGCAACGACGAACUGAAGAAUGGCGACUUGGCAGCAGCCCAUGAAAAGUAUACGGACGGUUUGACCGUCGCGAGGCAGGACAUCGUUUCGACGACAAAUCCUGACCUGGCUCGAGACAUUGCUCGUAAUCGGGCCCUCGUGAACCUCCGCUUGAGUCAUUUUGACGAAGCCAUAUUAGACGCUAAAGCUUCUCUCACAGGCCGAGGCGAUCCAAAAUCAAGAGAUCUGGACAGCAAAGCUUACUACCGCGCGGGGUCCGCUGCGUAUGGUCUCGGCCAGUAUGAUGAUGCAAAAAAGUUUUUCGAGGACCAAAUGAAGCUUGCACCAAAUGACAAAGAUGCGAGUACUUACUUGAAGCGGAUAGAGAUGCGGUUGCGUGAACAACAGACCGGAGCAUACAAUUGGAACAAGAUAAAAGCCGGCCUCUCGAAAGCUCGGCCACAUGUCGAUGCAGCAAGUUUCGUCAGCAAUGUAAAAGUUGAAGACAGCGAAGGCCGCGGGCGUGGUAUGUACGUUACUCGCAACAUACCUGCAGGAGAGAUGGUUAUGGCCGACAAAGCGUUCUCAGUGGUAUGGGGCCACGACAAAGAGGCUCUGACUGCAAUGACCUACGAUGUGCGCGACGACCGAAUUAGGGUACAGCCUAUAGGCUUGAGCAAAGCAAUAGUGCAGAAGCUCUUCGGUAAUUCCUCUCAAAUAAGCAGAGUAAUGGACCUCUUUGGCGACUACGACGGUGAUGGUAAGAAUGUCAUCCGAACCGAAGACGGUCCUAUAGUCGACACUUUCCGGAUACAUGAUAUAGUGUCGAGAAAUGGCUUUGGACUUGGCAACCAAUACGGGGAAGAAGGUGCACGGAAUGCCAGUACAGGUCUCUGCACAUGGGCAGCUUACAUCAACCAUUCUUGUGUACCCAAUACCAGCAAAGACUUCGUUGGCGACUUGAUGGUCCUUCGCGCUACACGCGCUCUCAACGUGGGCGAGGAGGUCUUCUUCAGCUACGAUCAGAACCCCGAUUACGAGGCACGACAGGCCGCCCUAAUGACUACUUGGGGCUUUGAAUGCAAUUGUCCACUUUGCGCUGCAGAGAAGGCUGAUGAUCCUACGGUGCGAAAGAAGAGGGCAGAGCUGGCAGACCAAUCGGAGGAGUUCGUCAGACGGGAACAUUGGGCAGAAGCGAAGAGGCUCACGAUUAGAAGCGCGGAGAGGCUUGCGAAGGCCAUCGAUGAAACUUAUGAUAACGAGCGAUACAAGAACGUUCCUCGUUUGGCUGGGCGAACCAUCCAAGAGUGGCUCACGAAGGCAAGCGCGAGGAAGUAA